AUGUUCUUUGGAACAAUCUACACCCUCCCCAAUGUGAAGUGGGUGGCCGUGAUGAGGCUACAUGUGUCAGCUUGUGACCACACCAUGGCUGAGACUAUUCUGAGAAAGUUGCUGGGGUACUUGAUUGGUGGUACUAAUGAUGGAGAGGGGAGAAGGAUAGAGAAGGAAAUUGGGAGUAAAUGA